GUCCACCUGCGAUCCGCUGAGCGUCUUCGAGACUUGUGCUGUGCGAACCGGGGUACUUUCAUCAAGGUGGGCCAGCACCUGGGUGCUCUGGACUACUUGCUGCCUGACGAGUACACGUCCACGCUGAAGGUGCUACACAGCCGAGCUCCUCAAAGCAGUAUGGACGAAAUCCAGCAAGUCAUCAGAGAAGACCUUGGCAAGGAGGCUCUCCCAAGUGAAGAUGUUGCUCCCCACAUGACGCAGACCCAGUCUGCAAUUUCCUGCACUUUACACCAAG